AUAUUCCCACGGCUGUUGUUGCCUGCUUAGCUUUCGAUCGUUAUGGUUAGUUUAUCUAUAAUAGCGACUAUAAUAUCUAUAAUAGCGACUGCUAUUGCUGGUUGUAACGUAGGCCUAAGGCCUAGGCCGAUAGGCUAGCCUACAACUAAUUUAUUUGCACCUGAACAGUCCAGCAACAGACGUCGAAGAAUCUCAACAUGCGUCACAGUUAUGAGGUCACAAUAGCGUUCCUGUCACCCUGGGCGAAAACUAUUUCAGUUGUUGAAACUUCUCAGAAAGAAACACACUUACUUUUCAGUAGAUCCUUUUCGAUUUUCUAAAAUCAAAUUUUGCAUAACCAUCUUUGACACGGUUUUGUAAGGCGUUUAUUUCAGUUCAUUGUCAUCACCAAGUUGGAAGUGUAGGCUGGCUACUGUCUGUGAAAAUAUUCGCUUUCAGUUCAAUGGAUUCCCAAAGUCUUAAAGGAGAGCUGGAUAAAAUCCGAGCUCAAAACCAGGAGAUAAUUAACAUAAUGCGGCAGCACCUGAAGAAACAGAUGCCGAACAACUACACCUCUUCUCAGCAUCAGCUGUUUCAUCCUCAUCAUCAUCCUCAUGUUGAGCCUGUGUUGCAGCCAGAACACAAUCCCACAAUGCUCUGCGGUUCACUGCAGCCGCUCAGAGCCUGUGUAGCGCCUGGCCAGCGCAAGCUGUUGCCCCCUAUCAGCCCUGCACCCCCCCAGCAGCAGCGGUCCAGCGCCUCAUUCCCCUCCUUGCCCGCGAUCGCCAAGGUCCAAGACCCGGUCCUGAUGCAGCUGUUGGUAGGUGACAGAUUCCCCUCUGCAGCUCCCAAACGAGGUGCCCUACGAUCCCUAGGCAGGAAGAAGUUGACAGGCCUUGAUCGCGCUCACCCUCUGAAGCCGCUCCAUCAUGACAGAGCCCCGAGUGGCGUGGCUACUGGCAGCAUGGCACCUGCUCCACCUGAGGAAACAGGAGAAAGCCAGAACAAGCCAAAGAAGAUCAAGGCCAGGCGCUGUGCCAGAGCUGUCCAGCAUGACCGAAACCAUGACAGCGAUGGUCAAGCUGAAGCCCAGGACGUGGGGUGCAUGCAGGAGCCCCUUAGAGUCACUGAGGAGGUCAGACUCACUGAUCUCCGUUGCAACAGUGUCCUCAAACACGUCUCAGAUGGCAGAGGCAGCUCCACUCCACCUAUUGCCUCUGCUGUCCCUGCCCCCCCAGAGACAGCUAAACCCCAGGCAACCUGUCAGAGACAGUUCAUCAGCAGACUGCCCCGCUUCAAGAAAACAACAUCACUCAGUGUGGCCACUGCUGUGACAGAGCAAAAGCCCAUGGAGUCUCUGGCAGGGAAGGAGGAAGUGAGGGAGCAGGUGAAGAAGAAGAGAGUGAUAGUGGAGAAGCAGACAAGCAGCACCCAGCAGACCAGGGAGCUCCCAGAGCUGGCCAAACUGCCCCCUGUGUCCUGCCCUGAGCAGGCCAUCCUGCAGGCCUUCAGGCUGCUCAGAGACGACGACUGGGAGCAGAAGAUCGAGGCCCUGACCUCCAUCAGGUCUCUGUCCCAGCACCACGCUGAGGUGCUGCUGCCCAGGCUGCAUGAUGUGUGUCUGGCCGUCUACCGCGAGGUGAAGAACCUGCGCUCAAUGGUGUCCCGAGUUGCCAUGGUGACGCUGGCCCACCUGCACGCUCACCUGGGGCGAGCUAUGGACGCAGAGGCCGAGGGCACAGCCCAGACGCUGCUGCCUAAAGCUGGAGAGGCCAGCGGCUUCAUCAGGGAGGACAUGGAGCUGGCACUGGGGUACAUGGUGCUCAACGUCACCCCCUCUCGCAGCAUGAACGCCUUCAUCAACACAGGACUCAGGCACCGUAAUGCGGCCGUAAGGAAGACCACUGCUCAGUUCCUGGAGAGACUGGCAGAGGUCAUGGGGGCAUCCCGCGUCCUGUCAGGGAAAAAGGACUUGACUGACCGGUUUAUCCAUUCCAUCAGCUGCCUGGCCAUUGACAGUGCACAGGAAGUCAGGACCCAUGCCCGUAACACCCUGGCAUUCCUGGCUUCACAUCCUAACCUUAUCAAGAUGGUGGACAGGUUCGCCCCUCAGAGAGACCAAGUCACUGUCAAGGACGUUAUCAACAAAUGCCAGAAAAGAAAUUUGCAUUAAAGUAAACAUCCAAGUCAGAAGACUGCAACAAUUGAUUUUAGAUUACAAACAAAUCUUCAAAUGUGGCAUAUGAGGUGCUGAGACCAGGCCUAUGAAAAGCAAAAAGCGCCCAGAUUUAAAUGUGGCCAUAAUCUCCAUCUCGCCGCCGAUCCAAAGAAAGAAGGAAUUUUGGCAGCUGCAAAGGAUCGCCUCCACCAAUACCAAGCUCCUUCUGCCCCAACUAUUUCACUCUCAAGACACCCCACCUCCCGCCACACACACACACACAGACACAGUACUACAGUAUUCCAUCAUCCUUUGUCCUACAAAUUAAAAAUAAAGG